UAACCACAUUAACUCCCUAACUCCUAUAACUGUAGUAUCUGUUUUACAUUUUCAAUGGGACAUUGUGGACAUUAUAUUUGUUUGUAUAAAAGUUGAUUUCUGGUAUAGUGCAAAUUAUGCAGGGUAGGAAUGCAGCAGGUGAGACUCAAGUUCCACAAGUGCAUGUUCAGCCUGAAAAUGAUGCACAUAAUGUUCAACCAGCAGCAGAGAACACAGAAGAUAUCCACAUUCCAGAUGGUGAACCACUGCCUACACAAGAAUCAACCUUUGAUAAUGCAGAUCAUUUUCAAUCUCAAACUUCAUCUGCCAUGCCCCCAUCGGUGAAUGAGAAUCAAAAUGUCAACCUAAAUGUCAAUGUCAAUCUUAACAUUGACUCUGUAGGUAUUGAUGGGAAUACUAUGUUUUCUCAAACCACUAACAAUGUUGUGCAUCCAAGUUCUGAGACUGAGCAAAUGCAUCAGGGAUCCCCUGCUAGACCUGCUACCUCAGGCAAGCGAGUGAAGAGGACUGCAGGGAGGAAGUUUAUAGCAAGGAAAUCACCAAGGCUGGCUGCAGCUUCUGCAUCCGCAUCUGUUCAAGCUCCAAAGCCCAAACUGCAGAGGGCCUUGUGGAAGCCAUGAAGCAAUAUAUUAGGCAAGAAGCAUCAAUGUAGUUUUGGUCAUGAAAACACCACUCUGUUAUUAUGGCAUUUGUUUUCUUCAGUUAUAUUGCAAAUGCCAUGAUUUAUUAGAGCUUUUGUGUAACAGGUGGUUUUUGACCCUUUUGAGUAUGUAAUAGGGCUAUGAACAAUUUGCCUACCAAAUUUGGUUGGGAAUUUGGUUUUCUA